AUGGUUGUUCUCGGCCUCGUAGGACCGCUGCAAAGCGGCAAGAAGUCUGUGGCGAGAGUCCUCCAGGAGCAAUACAACUUCACGCUCCUGCAUCUCUCUGGCGCCGCGCCUGCGUGUUGCCCCGCAUUCGCUUCUCGUUCGCUUCGUUCCUCCAGAGACCGCCUCCGCUCUGUUUCCGACCCGCGGUUUCCCUCUCCCAGCGCCAGAGCCAAGCGAGCUGACGCGGAAGCGGCGGAGCGCGCAGAUUCACGCUCAGGCGCAUCCGACCCUGCAUGCCGUGCAAAACGGGAAGGCCGAGUCGCCGAGUCUCCGACAGUCAGACCAUCGGCGCGUUCAGACGCAGAUUCACCCAGGGAAGAAAAAGAAAGCCUUUUUUUCGCAGAGGCCCCGCUGCAGUGCCCCGAAAACGGCCUGGUUGCGGCUGCGCCCAGUUCUCGCCCUUUGGCCUCUCAAAGGCCUCACGCUGUGUUUAACGGCCUGCAAGACACGGCCUGCGUUAACGGGUCAAGUGAGCCUCGUUCUGCCCCGCAUGCACCGGCGCCGAAUGAGCCUCUCCCAGCUGCACGGCCGUCAGACGCGCCUUCCUCGCUCUCGUUCACCGACGCAGAUCAAAUCGUUGAUUUCGUCACGAGUCGCUGGCGCGAGAACUUUGUUGUUCUCGGCAUCUCCAGACUGGAGGAAGUCAGGACGCUCCGGAAACGCCCCUUCUUCGCGCUGGUCGCAGUCGACGCGCCGCUGGGUGUUCGUGUCGCGCGCAUGCGGGCCAAAACAGGAGCGAAUUUUUCAAUGGAUGACAUGAUAACGCGUGAGGAUCAACUCUGCUUUCGUACCUCCGCCGGCGGUCAUUCUGGAGCGUCCGGCGUGGAUGGCGUCCGAGUCUGCAUGGCUGUCGCGGAUGUGCACGUGAUGGCUGACGGGGACACCAGUCUUCUUCAAAAGAAAAUCGCCUCCGCAGGGUUCCUCUGUGAGGAGCUCGUGCGUCCUUCCUGGGACACGUACUUCAUGCGGCUCACGUUCUUGGCUUCUACGCGGUCAAACUGCAUGAAACGACGGGUCGGAGCAAUCGUCGCGCGUGGAAAUCGUGUUAUCGCCACCGGCUACAACGGAACGCCGUCCCAAGCAGCCAACUGCAACGCAGGAGGCUGUGCGCGGUGUAAUGAUCCCAAUGUGUCUCAGGGUCGGGCGCUGGAGGCGUGCGAGUGUAUCCACGCGGAGGCCAAUGCUCUCUUGGAGGCAGGUCGAGACCGCGCCAUGAACGGUACGCUCUACGUCACCUGCCUCCCAUGUCUGGGUUGCGCCAAGCUCGUCGUUCAAUCCGCAAUCCAAACGGUUGUGUACGCGGAGGAAUACGACAAUCGGAGCGGCGCUCUCGACCUUCUCACCCGGAUGGGGGUCCGCGUGCGGCGGUUCGCCGAUGACCACCCCGGUGUGCCGGGAAUGACCGUUGCGGUGAGGAGCUUUUGA